AUGAUCCUUGGCGUUGGCGUCGGUGCAGAGAAUGCCAAGCUCGAGGAAUCACUGAAGCGAAAAGGCAUGUACGGAAUUGACGAUGAAGCGCUUCUCAAUGCUUUCAAGGUCGUGAUUCUGGAGCAGUGCGAAACCGGAGGCAAGAACCGAGAUCACCUGGUGGUUAGUCUAGACCCUUCACUCCUGCGCAAGGCCAAGAAAGAGGCAGAUGGUGAUGUAGAUGCCUUCUGGAAACCUGACCGCCGCUUCUCGACCUUGGUUCAAGCCAUGAAAGCCGAUCAGGAUGCAGGACUCCGGGACGAUCCGGCCUCUAGCUUGUCGAAAGUAAAGACAGCUACUUCAGUCCCCGAAGCUGCACAGAUCGUCGUCGAGCACUUUAAGAAUAAGCUCUCGCGAGUGCUAAUUGUUCCGGCUGAGGAUUUUAGUGAAGACAACCGAUCCGUGACGAGUUACGGUAAUGAUAGCAUGAUAGGUGCCGAAUUGCGAACCUGGAUUUUCAUGGAGCUUGUACUUGACCCCCCAUUCCAGCAGCUCUUGGCACCUUCGCUCACAAUUGGCAAGUUCUCUAAGUUGGUUUGCGCGAAUCGAGGUAUUCAGCAAUAA